AUGGCGGUCUUUGAGAGGUGUAAGGAGGGAGAGGAACCGGCUGGAACGGAUGGCCCGAGGCUCCUUGAGGUGCCAGUUGAGAUUAGCCGUAUUAUCUUUGACUCUUUGGACGUUACAAGCGUCUUUCUCUUAGGCCUUACCUGCCAACGACUCUGGGUAAUAGCGAAAUCGGUAAUUGAGCGGCAUUUUGCCGCGUACUUGGGCGCUUGGGCUGGGACACCUAUCGUUUGUGUCGGUGACGGAACUUGCCGUGGUAGAAAUGUCACUUAUCCACAAGGAUUACUGCUCCCGGAGGAUAUUGAUGAGCUCCAGGAAGGGUUGAACCUGGACGAGUUAGAGGAUGAUCUGCUAGAUGAAUUCGCCGGGAGGCCCGUCAACCUGUACGACAUAGCAGAUACUCGAUACGACAUCAUCGAGGAUCACGGCGUAAGCUUUCCCCAGGACUUGCUAGGCGUCGCUCUCGAUUUUACGCACAAAUAUCCUCGUCCAGCGGAUAUACUGCGAGUAGCAAAUCCAGAACCCUCUUAUUUCUACCCCGCCAAUCAGGAUUGGGUUCUCAGAAAUUUGACCACCCAAGAAUUUGUUCGUCCUACGGCUAUUGCGCUGCACAAGAGCCACAUCCGUGGCCCAUUUAUUGACAAACUUGGCUAUGGUGAAGUCAUUCUGUCGAGGAUUUGUUGGUCCACGGACGAUUUUACGUCGAUGACUGGAGAGGGGAUCCAUCAGGGCGUGUGGGCUGGGCAUGCUUUAGAUAUUGUCCCCUCCACUUACUUGGACAGUGGUGGCCCAUGGAAAGAUAUCAGCGACGAGGUUGCAGAGGAUGUUGCAGAGAUUUGGAAAAGUGAAUAUGGCGAGGAUUGGAGAAAUCAUAUCAGCUAG